AUGUCUUGUAAUUAUAUCAAAUUAUCUUUGUUCUCUAUUGUACUAUGUAUUUUUAUAAUUACACAUAAGUUAUGUCUUGAAAAAAUACCUCAUAAUAAAAGAAAUACGGUUGAUAUUUUAAAUGCAAGACAUAAGAGAUUACUAUCCGAAUCAGAAGACGAAUAUAUAUUUAAGACACAUUCGGGAGAAAAUUCAUCGACACAACCAAUAGAUAAUAAAUCACAUGAAAAUAUUACAGAAUAUCAUAAAACAUCAUCUUCAUUCAGAUUAAAUGAGGAAUAUCCACAAAAUCAUAAUUAUGAAUCAGAACAAAUAAAAUGGGAAAAUGAAAAAAAUAAUAAAUUAUUGUUACAGAAAUUACGUAAGAAAUCACAUUACAGAAAUAUUAAAAUAAUUUUUAUAACAGCUUUAUCUAUGAUGGAAUUCCCAGUUCUUCCGAUGCUUUAUAUCAAAUAUUACAUACAUAAAUAG